AUGCUUUAUCUCCUUUUUUAUCUGCAUGGUACCUUACUUUUACUAUCGUUAGUUCUUGUAUGUAGUUUUGCGACUUAUCUGGUUUAUAAAAGACAAAAAUUCUUGCAUAUUCCGAGUCCACCUAUGUCGAGGUAAGAAGUUUUCAUAUCCUUGGAUAUUGAAUGCUCUCAAGCAAACCAGUUUACCCUUUGUUAGCGCCAAUUGCUUAGAAAAGGCCGUAGUCUUAACGGAGCCUCCAGUUGUUAUGCAAGGGGGUUGAUCCUACGGGAAAGCCAAUUCGGAGGCGUGAGGAGGGCGGAGGUUAACGUGAUUUAAAAGGCUAACCUUAGAGGCGACAACUACAUCUGUAAAAGUGACUUACCUCAACAUACGUAAAUCUCGCUGGCCUUUGGUAUUUUGUAUAAGAUCAAAAAAGUUUCACUUUACUAAGGAGAAUUUUUUAAAUAAAGUAAUUUGUUUAGACCUCUUUUUAAAUUUAUAGAUUGUCUGUGAGGAGUGGUCACUUUUAAGGAAGGAUUGAAAUUUGAAAAGACUUGGUCGGUAAUUUGCAAAAGCAAAACUUUUGCUUUUAAUUUCCAGUUGCUAAAUUUAGGUGAAUGAUGACAAUUGCUUUUUUUUCUCUUUUAUUUUCGGUAAAAGUUCACGAUAGAUCCAUUAAAGAGAAAUAUAUUAUGAUGCUAUCUUUGUUUUAAACACAAUCUAAUUUCCACAGCACCUUUAUGCCUAGAAUACCGGUUUAGAAAUAUAUGCUAUAGUGAACACUGUUUCCAUAAGUAAGUGACUUUUCCAUUCCUCACUUUUGAUGACUGUGCUGCAGACUAAACCUCUGUCAAUACGUCUUCUAAAUAUCUGUCAAUAGCAAGAUUAUGAAACUUGCAACCAAACAAUUUUACCAGCUUAAAGUUAUUCAAAAAUAAACUAAAAAAACUCAACCUCUUUAUGCUCUUAUUUCCACCAUCUUACAUUUUCGCUUAAGAUGUAUCACUUUUAUUAAAUGUACAUUUAUUGCCAUCAAUUGCUAUUAAGUAUCAUUACUAAAAAUAUUUUCUUCCACUCCAUCUUCCUUCACCUCAGCUUAAAAAUCACAUUAGAGUCCUGGGCCGGGUUGUUCAAAGCUAGGUUAAGAUAACCCAGGGUUAGUGUGAAAUCUGAUUUCAGAUCUGAUGGCUUUAAGAGAAAAUUCAGUUGGAUUCUUUUUGUCACGAAUAUGAUUAUUUGAUGCUCUAUAAAGAACACCAGAAACUAUCCUAAAAAGGCAUUUGAAUAAAGAAAUUCAGAUUAAAAUUUAACCUUGGGUUAGCACUAAUCAUCCUUCGAACAACUGGGCCCUGAAUGGUAAUAUUUACAAGUUCAUUGCUGUUAGUUUUUUUAAGGGCCAUGCAGAUGAGAUAAGUUCUAUGCUUCAUACAGGUUAUCCCACAGAUCAAAAGUUUCUGGAAUGGUAAGCUUAUUACUUUUUUUUUUUCAUGCAUGCUCAUAACCUUGUAUUUUUAAAUAUUAUUCUUAGUGGUUGCAAUAAUGGUUACAAUAUUUAAAAGUCACCCUAAAUUUCACUGUGGUGCACUCCAUAAUACUUCUUUCAGCACAUCUUUAUAAUGAGGAUGUAUGUUAAAAGAGCAUAAAAUUUCAGGGAACUGAACUCUGAUACUCUAACUGAGCUUAUGUUGUCACAAUUGUGCAUUCUGGAAGGGUGUUAGUUGAAGUCUAUAUGUCUAAUUAGGGUUACUACAGAUUAACUUUAGGGUUAGUAAACAAGCCCUCCUUACUACCUUGAGCUGAUUUUUAAUUCUUAAGAAAUACUUUUAUUCCAUAAUUUAAUGAUGACAGUGCCUACUACAUAUAGAGACUAUCAGAUGCAAUAUUUUUUAUCUGCACAAAUUGUUCUGCACUUUUAAUGAAUAACUUUCUUUUUAGCUCAUACAGGCUAUUCAGAAAAAGAUGCAAUGCACAAAUCUAAAGGAAACAUUUUUCUCCCCAAAAAGAACAUUCUGUUUGUAAAUUUUUAAAGUAGGCUAUUUAGAGACAUUUACUGUCUUUCACAUGCAGGCAUAUAGUGUAUGGCAAGGUUCUUGUUGUCUGGUUCUGGCACAUUCCUGUGCUUCUGGUGGUUGAUCCAGAAAUAAUUAAGGUAAAAAGAAAUUGUCUUUACAGGUUUAACACUAUUAGUACUCAAGAUUUGAUUACAUUUGCUUUAAUGAGCAUCUAGAUUUAUGACAAGUUUUAAAAAUCAUGAACUGAUCACAUAUGUGUCAACUUAAACUAAGCUAACUUUUUUUGUGUAGAAUGUGCUUGUAGUCAAGUGCCAACCUAAAGAGGCCAUGUCUUAUAAAAUACUGGGAAGUCUCUAUGGACAAAGGUAUUUAUCUUUCUGUUUUGGUUCCUUUCUUUUUUUGUUCUUUUCCUUGAUUUGUACAUCACCCUUCAAUUGUAUAGUCGAUCCAUUCUUCUUGCUUGCCUCUCUUUCUUCCUGUCUUUUUUCUUUCUUUCUUUCUUUCUUUCUUUCUUUCUUUCUUUCUUUCUUUCUUUCUUUCUUUCUCUCUCUCUUUCUUCCUUUCUCUCUUUCUUUCUUUCUUUCUUUCUUUCUUUCUUUGUUCCCUAUCCUGAGCUUCUUUUCAGUCACUUUAUCCAACCUACCAUCUCCUUUUACUUCCAUCAUCUCUUUCAUUUUCCCCUUUUUUGUAAUACCAAAGGAAUAAAGGUUUUGAAAACUAGGUGAAAUGUCUUAAGAAGGCUAUGGGUGGAAUACACAAUCACAAGAAUCUCAAUGCACAUUUCAAAAUCCAAAACUGAGACAGAAUCAUUUGGUACAUGUGAACUCUGUACUUUGAAGGUUAUACAUUCACUAUAUUUUAACAUUACAAAAACCACACUGAAACAUUUGUUGCUCACAACAAGUAAUAACUCAAAGUUACUGAUCUGGCGUAAUUCCUUUAAAUUGAGGAUGGCAACUAAGAGAAAAAAUAUAAGUACUUUGAGAGAAAUAUAUGAGGCUUGAACAGGAGCUUGAAACUGAUCAUUGCAAAGCUUUGAGAUUAGAUAUAAAGUUUAAAGCAUCCCCAUAAUUUUUCAAGGUAAUAUUAAUUGCCACUACCUGCAUAACAAUACUGUAACAGUUUCUAAGCCAAACACUUUAUAAAUGGGGCUGGGGGUGUAUUUGACAUCCAGCUAUUCACUGUUAUUGUAACUGUUGACUUACACUGAUUUUUCACAUGGUUUAACUGUACAACUUAUCUGUUUCAGAUUUCUUGGCCGUGGAUUGGUAACCAACCUUGAUGACGAUUCUUGGAAGAAAAGACGUGCCAUAAUGCACCCAGCCUUCCAUCGCAAGUAAGUAUUCCCCAUUGGAUGAAAAGGGAAAUUUGAAAGUCGUUUUUGAAAUGAUAAUGUUGUACAGUAUUAUUUGAUUGGAGUCACGUUUGGGAUUUCAUCUUAAAACUUAACAGAGACACCAAAACCAUAUUGUAAAACAGAAGAAUUAUGCCCAGCUGCAAGACUUCAUAAACAUUCUAAACAUUCUAAACAUUCACUUAAUUAGUACUCUAUAUUAAAUGGUGUAACUUUCAGGAGUCUAAAAGAUUUGAUGGGCUCUUUUAAUUCUACUGCUGACCUUUUGCUUGAACACCUGAGUACAAUGGCUGAUGGACAAACAGAAAUUCAUAUGUUUAACCAGUUUACCAAGGCAGCAUUAGAUGUCAUUUGUAAGGUAAUUAAUUUAUAUUUUUUUGUAUUUUGCCUCUUAGAAUUUUCUGGCUGCUAUAAGAUACUUUUCCACUUGAGUUGAAGGGGUAGGGGGUAGGGGCUCUUCCAUGUUCUACCUUCCAUCCCCCCCCUCCUCUCUCUACAGACUUUGCCCUUGAUACGAUUAGUCCCAUUCUCAUACAAAGCACUUAAUUCUCUGUAAUUACCUUUGUCAAAUCAGUCAGAUGCACAUAGUUAAAAUAUAUGACGUUCUUUUUUAUUGAAUCAAUCUCCAUCAUAAUGGAUAGUUGUUGGCCAGGACACCUCUGUUUUGUGCCCAAAUGUUUGUAUGGAAUAUGUGCCUUAUAAUUAAAUAUUUAUUUGAAUAUUAUUCUUAUAAGAGAGAGCCAAGCUAGCUCACUCUCUUGCUAUCUCACAGGUGGCAUUUGGCAUGGACUUAGAAAUUAUGAGUGGAAAGGACAACAAGUUUUCUGAAGCUGUCUCUUUGAGUUUUUAUGGAGUAGAAGAAGCAUCUUUUGACAUCUUCCACCGGGUGUGUUCUUUAUCUCGUCAUUAUCUAACGUAAUUUCAACCUCAAGGUUAAAGAUUUAACUUCCAACUUGCCCUUUGUGCAAAAAACGUUAGUCUGCAUGAAAAAGGUGCUCAGGGGUAAGGUAAGUGGUAGACUGUUGGUUGAAGAUAUGACCCCCGAGUUACCCAUCCCCUAUACCAUUAGUUGAGCUUACGAUGCUUGUUACUAUCUUGGACUAAGAUAAUUUUCAGAGUACCCCUCCCCUCCCCCCCCCCCGUUCGCUUCCCUACUUGGUGCUUUUUAUGAGGGGUUGAAAACGUGUUUUAGUUUUAACUAUUAAUAUUCGUGGGUGCUGUUUUAAAGUUCGUGGCCUAAAGUUUUUGUAAACGAUUGUGGGUAAACAUUUGCAAAACCAUGACACUUGUUCCUAUUUUUCCCCACUCUUUUGCAGUUCAACGUUUUCCAGUAUCCAUUCCAACGAAAAGUGGUUGAGGCUGUGCAGUUUUUGCGUGAAACUGGAAGGAGAGUGAUUGAAGCAAGAAAGCAUGCCAUGGCAAGAGGAGAAGAGGUCCCUGAUGAUAUAUUACAACGAAUUAUUCAGCAGCAAGGUUUGCCAACGGAAUCUGUUGUUUCCUUGGUCAGGGUCAUGUUAGGAGAGGAAGCAUAAUUUUGAACGUAAUUUUUCCUUUACCAUCUUUUGUUUUGCGUUUUCUGUUUUCAGAAGAAAUUCCUGAGCUUGGAAUUGAAGACUUAGUGGAUGAUUUUGUGACUUUCUUCAUCGCUGGUAUUAAAUAUUUCUAAUUUCCAUCUUUUGAGUGGAUGAUUUCAAAUUUUCUAUAUAGUUGUUUCUCUAAAUCAAAAAUAACCUUUCUGUACAGCGUUCUUGAAAAAAUCGUGUUAUGAUACGAUUUUGCAGUAACGAGUAAUUUGCUCUAAACUUACUCUCAAGGUUAAAGAUUGUGGUAUUUGCUUGAAUUUCGAGACGCUGGCGCUGUUGCGGCGUUUUCGAUAUAUAUUACGAUGUUACGAUGUUACGAUGUUACGAUGAGAUUACGAUGAUAUAUUAUGGUUCUUAGAACCCUUUAUUCUACCUCACUAUGACAAGGGAAUUUAGUAUUAUCAACUGAGUUGAUAACGUCAAUUGGCCACCGUUAAGAGUUUAAAAGCUGACGUUUCUAGCGUUAGCCCUUCGUCCAUCGCUUUGAGGAAUGGCUAAGGCACGAAACGUCAGCUUUUAAACUUUUCACGGCGGCCAAUUGACGUUAUCAACUCAGUUGAUAACACUAAAUUAUCUUGGUAUACUCCCUCACCGAUGCAGCACCACAGUUUCUUUAGAAACUGACCCCCUUUAUCCCAAUAUGAACCUGAAAGUUGGUCAAUUCAGCAGGAACCCGUUAGACAUGUAUGUACUACUUCAGUAUAACAGUUCCAAAUUAGGAAGGAUGAACGCCUCAACUGUUUUCCCCUUUUCUUUUGUCCCACAGAGUAAGUAACUUUCUUUAAGUUUUGUUUGUUUUUCGUUGUAGGUCAUGAAACUACUUCCAGUUUGUUGGCGUUUUGUGUUCUUGACCUAGGAGACCAUCCUGAUAUUCAGGACAGGUGAGGUGGAGUCAACCAGGCUGUUUAUAAGGUAAUUUAGUAUUGUCAACUGAGUUGAAAACGUAAAUUGGCCACCGUAGGGUGUUUAGCGGCUGACGUUUCAAGCGUUAGUCCUUCGUCAGAGCGAUUGACGAAGGGAUAACACUCGAAACAUCAGCCUUUAAACUCUUCAUGGUGGCCAAUUUACGUUUUCAACCUAGGUGAUAACACUAAAUUACCCUAUUAUUCUCUCCCACAGAUGCAGCACCAGAGUUUCUUUAGAAACUUACCCCCUUUAUUCAUCAGUCUCUUCAUACCUUCGGGAUUGAUACUCACAUUUCUAAUUUCCGCAAGAGAGAAGUGUUAAUGGCUCGGUUCGGUUUUGGCCUUUUUUUUACUCAUUAGUCCUCAGUCAUUUCUGUAGAACAAUUUUCAAUUGGGUGUCGAAGGUAUCUGGAAUUUCUUGUAAUUGCCAUACUUUGGUCUGUGAUUGGUCCCGAAAACUUGCGCCACUCUCUCAACCAAUCAGAUGUGAAAUUUGAAACUAAUCAUGACCAGGUCGCUCGCGUUUUGUAGGCUUUACUUUGAGUUCUCACUAGCUCCUAAAGGAAUUUUCCUUCGACUGAUUAGCCGUUGUGAUUACUGUGGCUUAGGUCUUACGACACUCAAUCGAAAAGCGCUCUAAUGCGCAUGGCAAAAGAUUCAAUGCGGGGAUUCAGUGCUGAUGGGAAACUUGUUUCCCUACCUUUGUGCUUUUGUAUGCGUGCGUCACGAUGAUGAGGAGUGGAAACGAGUCAGUCUUUGAGGGAAGGGGGUAAGUUUCUAAAGAAAGUGUGGUGCUGCGUCGGUGGGAGGUAUAACAAAAUAAUUUGGCUUCAUCAACUGAGUUGAAAGUGUAGAUUGGCCACCGUAAAGAGUUUAAAAGCUGACGUUUCGAGCGUUAACCCUUGGGCAGAGCGAAUGACGAAGGGCUAACGCUCGAAACGUCGGCUUUGAAACCAUUUACGGUGGCCGGUGUACGUUAUCAACUCAAUUGAUAAAACCAAAUUAUCCAGUCUGAGAAGUUCGUCGUGUAAGCUUGUACUAAACGUACCGACCACUCCUCUAAACUUACUUUGUUACAUCUGUUUCCUGUUGCUACUUGCGCAAACGUACAUAAACUGUUGUGUUUGAUUGAAGCCUGGUUGGAGAAGUGUUUGACGUUCUGGGCGAAAAACAGCAUGUCGCGUUUGAUGACUUGGCUAAACUCCACCAGUUGGGAUUGGUAAGGCUUCUUUUAGUGUUUAGUUAUGUGCCAAUGCAGUGACGUUCCAUUAUAUACUCCUAGCGUCAGAAGUUAUUAAGACUAAUGAAAUAUAUUUUUUUCUUAUCAAUUCAGGUGAUAAAAGAGACAUUGCGGCGUCAUCCACCAGCGACUGGUAACAUACGAAAGAUUGAAAAGGGUCAAGAUGUCGGAGGAUAUAAAAUACCUACAGAUGUCGCCAUCAUUGUACAGUAUUUUUGCACAUCUUUGUUUCUCCAGUUAACAACGUUUCUUAAGUUCGAAGCAAAUCUAUUAAGCAAAUGCAAAACCGGAUAAAAGCGCGAGUUUCAAGGAUUUUUUUUCAGGUGGAAGAGAAUGGGUAGUGGUUGUAGAAUGGCUAGCAAGUUUUGAAGUGCCCGCCCCCCCUCCCCCAUCCUACGUACCAUCGAGCUGUCAGAGCAGCAGUGGUAGACAUCUCUCAGUCUCUUUACGACAGUUGUGGGUCACUGUGGGUCAUAAUUUAUUAUGAAGAAGUUAGUUUGCAGUGGAAAGCCUUUUUAAGUGCGUUUGGUUCUCUCGUAGACGAGCACCUAUGUGGCCAGUCACUUUCCUGAAUACUGGAAAAACCCAGAGGAAUUCAACCCUUACCGAUUUGACGAUGGCGAAGUACUUAGGAGGUAUUCAGACAAGACAAAAAUUUAUAUGAAUUACUUUUUUAGAUUUUUUUUUACAGUUGGCAUUUUCCCUCUUGCGUUGCUUUGGCAGAGCUUGCUGACUCAUUUCAAGUUGCUUUAACUUUUUUCCAAAAUGGUUCCUCUGGCACAUUGAUGUAAAGAGUUUUUGUCUUGCGAUGUUUCACAGUCUUAGCCAUACUUGGGUUUGUGUUAAGAACAUGUAAUAAGUUUUGUUUUCUCGUCUGUUUUUUUUAGGUGUCAUUACAGCUACUUCCCAUUCUCACUUGGACCUCGCAACUGCAUUGGACUAAACUUCGCCCAGGUAAACAUGAGUGAGUGUUAGCUUUGGAGGACAGGACGCAGACAGAUAACAGCGAAACAUUUUGACAUCUAAAAGUAGUCUUAGGUUGAUUUAAGGACCUGGUCUGAGACACUCGAUUAUAUUUUCUUCAACUUGCUUUCUUUUCCCCUGCAUUUUUUUCAUUCCAAGUCAAAUUGCAAUAUGAGGUCGGCGAAGGGAAAUCUUUGAAUGGCUUACGGCCGGCGAUUUCAUAAGAAUUUUCGGAAAUCGCUCGAAUAUCUUCGGAAAGCUGUGAAUACCUCUGCAGUGACAAUUUAACUUAUGCAGCCACUUCCGUCAUCCCAGAACCGCUUUUUAACUUAACUGUAGACCAGAAAUCAGUCAGGUAACUUUUAUUUCCGUCAGUGCUAAUUAUUUCUCUCAUACUAGAUCGAGGCCAAGGUUCUGCUGUCACGCUUUCUUCAGACGUUCAAGUUUUCUUUGGUACCUGAUCAGUCGCGCGCUGUUCUUGAAAGAGGGACCCUCCGACCCAAGGAUGGUGUGAAGUGUACAUUAACUAAACGGCACUAGGAACAAAAGCGUUCGGUCCAAUUGAGUGUCUUUUAGCUGUUUUAUACAAAGAAAAUAUUUAUGGAUAACACCUCACAGUAUUCUGUUUAUUUUGAUUAAACG